AUGUAUGUCGUGUCCGUCAGUCGGCUUAUCCGAUACUUUUCGGCUGCGAAGUCGGAGGCAAAUGCCAUGUCGUAUACGACUGCGUGUGGAUUUGCGACCACUAUUAUCAUUGCAUCACUAUUUAUGGUCUUAUUCUUUCAUCCGUAUUGUCUUAUAUGCUAUAAAACAGCGGUCAAAAUGAGGGUCAGUUGGUCUGCACUCCUAUAUAACAAGUCUCUGCGACUGAAGACCACAGCCUUUGAGAAGACAACUAUCGGACAGAUUGUGAAUCUCAUCACAAAUGAUGUCAACCAAUUUGAUCCCUUGGCAAUACAUCGGUUCCGUAACUUUGGUUGGAUUAGU